GACAUCAUUAUCAGGGAGCAGUGGGAGGAGCUUGUUUGCAGCAUCUUCUUCAUCAUCAGUGUUGUAUGUCAUUGAAGAAUAAACGUUGGUGUGUGUGAGUGAGUGAUGCUCAGGCUUCAGUGUUGACUUCUCUCCUCUCAUCAUCGCACGAAGUGUUGCGCCCACAUGGGCAGCGUUCUGGCCUUGUCUUCUGGUCCAGGCCAUCAGAACUGGCCUUUCUCCACAGAUCCUCCUCCUUCUCGCUGGAACUCACAUCCUGCUCACUGGGACAGUCCUCCACGCUGGGAGAGGAGAGAUGGGCGUCUGCCCAACCCAGGCAGCUUUCAUUCUCUGCACAGGAGCUGCAAAGAUGUUUUCCCUCAGCAGAUUGAGGGAGUUAAGAUGAUCCUCAAUAAAACUCUCAGCAGCUUCUUUAAGGUGAGUCACAUGCUGCAUCUCAGUGCUGUUAGUCCUUCAUAUUAUCGUUUCCACGUGGAGCAUCUGCAGUCUGACGAUGACAGCAAAGACAAGGACGCCCCGGCAUUGAUCGGAGAGAUGGACUCUUCAGGGAGCCUGAACGCUCACGCUCUGCUGCACGUCACCGAGCGCGUCCGAGCCAGGACUGUCUUCCAGACUCAGCAGUCUCAGUUUGUCACCUGGCAGUUUGAGACUGAGUUCAGAGGGAACGACUUCACUGCUGCUGUGACUGUAGCCAACCCAGACGUCCUCCGAGAGUCAGUUAUCCUCGUGGCACACUUCCUGCAGAGUGUGUCUUCUGGUCUGGUGUUAGGAGGGGAGCUGGUUUACCAUCGGGGCAGAUCAGAGGAAGGAGGAAUCCUCACGCUGGCUGGACAGUACUCACGACCAAACUGGGUGGCAACACUGAACGCUGGGAAAGGAGGAGCACAUGCGAGCUACUAUCACAGAGCCAACAAACAGAUUCAAGUUGGAGUGGAGUUUGAAGCGAGUACCAGGACACAAGAGACCACCACCUCGUUUGGGUAUCAGAUGGAACUCCCAGAGGCCAACAUGGUGUUUAGAGGGAUGAUAAACAGUCGGUGUAUAAUCGGCGGCGUGUUGGAGAAGCGUCUGACUCCGCUGCCUGCCACCUUGAUGAUGGGAGCCUUUGUUAACCACAGAGGUGACAAACUGCAGGUGGGCCUCGGGGUCACUGUGGGAUAAUGGUCCUUUACGGACCACAGUCCAGACUGUUCAAGAGUCCUCUUAGGUUCAGCAGCCUCGUGGAACCACUUCAGGCCCACAGUGUUUCCUCAGAUCGAUGCAUCUUACCUUGUAAUCUACCUCUCAGGAUGGAGAUGAUGUUUGUGACUGGAUUACACAGACUGGAUUGAGAGAAGUCUCCUUGAAACCAGACUGCACACAAAUAUACAACAUACAAUACUGUAAACUGAUCAUAGAUUAGAGAAUAAUGUUUUAUACUCUAGUUAGUCCUAAAGAAACUAUCUUUUUAGAUGACAUUAAAACAUAGCAAUUUUAAAGUUUGAAUAAAUAAAAACUUAAAUUAUUAAUGUUUUACUAACCUGUAAAAUGAUCAUUUCCUCCUGCACAUCCUGGUUUACUAUAAAACACGAUCAUUCCCGGGUUACGAACACGAGUGAGGUUUGAAAGAAGUGCUGCCCCCUGCUGGAACGUGUGUUAUUACACUAACAGAGAAAAUGAUUCUCACAGAAAUGUCAGCUUUGUUUAAAUGUGUGUGUGGAAACUCUCUCAUGUGUAUGAAACUUUGCUGCUUUCCACUCCCAUGAAAGAAAUGAAUGGCUCAUGUAUUAAUUAUAUAUCAUUUAACAUAAGAGAAUAAUUGUCUUUUUGCACUUCAUUUAAUAAAGAUGUUAUUUCUCUUA